AAUCAGGGUGGGCUGCCCAUGUAUGUAGCCAGUCAUGGUUUAUACAACUGAAAGCCUCCAACAGUGUUUGUACCACCAUCAAUCAAAGAAGAUGUUGAGAAGCUGUUUGAAAUUAAUAGGGCAAUGGGCCAAGUGGAACUAAACCUUGAUUUGCUAGCACUAGAUGUUGGUGAAACAUAUGAAUUGUGGAAUGACAUUGUUGUGAGACCUUUUAGAACUCACCAUGUUAUACCAAGCCAGGGUUAUGUCAUUUACUCUGUGAGAAAGAAGCUGAAGAAGGAAUACAUUCAUCUGAAAGGCAAAAAGAUUGAGAAAUUGAAGAAAUCUGGUGUUGAGAUUACGGACAUUAUAUUGUCUCCUGAGGUGGCAUUUACUGGAGAUACAACAUCAGACUACAUGCUUGAUACACGAAAUGUGGAUUCCUUGAGGGCAAACAUUCUUGUAACUGAGCUAUUACAGAAGAGGAUGCCUGGUCACAUUUGGGCAGACAAUGGUCUGUAUGUUGCAGUGAUAUCAUAAUAAACUUGUUAUGUGUAGUGUUUGCUUUCUGUUUCCUCUUUCAUCCUAUUCCUUGAAUUAA